UCAAAAUAAUUAAAUAUUAUUUUCUCAGUUUGUUUAGUUAAUCGGAAUCAUGACCAACUCGCUUUCGCUCAGUUCGCUCUUGGAGGAGUCCAAGCGCCUGACCACGCACCUAACUUCAACCGAAAUCCCAACCGUUCAGCGCGGAAUCGACCUCCUCGAAGCAGAGUCGCGCAAGCUGGUUGCGCGCUCUGUGCGCAAUUCGACUGCUGCCUCCGGUCGCACGCUCCUAGACCCGCGCGCGCAAUCGCUGCUGGCCAGCUCCGGCGUCGAUACGGACGAGCUGACCGAGAACGUCGCUUCGACCGCCAUGCUCUCGGCUUUUGAGAUGCUGCAGCCGUCCUACGACGCCAAUGUUGAGAGCUUUUUGGCCCAGCAGCAGGAGCAGUCCAUUGUUAACGCCAUCGAGGAGAGCGAGCUGUCGACCCUGGAUGAUUUUGACCGCAACAUGACCGCACACAUGCAGCAGGUGUGGGAGGAUACCCAGCGCCGCCUGUUCGAAGAGCUUGGCCAGUACCAGGGAACCGAGCCCUCGCCCUUUGCCGCGUCCAUCGGUUUGGCCGGCGGCUCGCACGCCGACGGCGUCACAGCUUUUGAUCUUGUGGACACUCGCGCCGACGGGCCCAAGGUCGCCCACCCGCGCGUCGAGCGCUACGCACAGGUCGUGCGCAAGCUCAACGAUGCUCGCGUCUCUGCCGCCGCGCGCUCAUCGUCGGCUGUGCAGUUCGACCUGCUGUCUGGCUUUGAGAAGGCCACAACGGACAGCAGCCAGGAGCUGAAGAGCAAGCAGAUCUCGCAGGUGUGGAGCCUCCUGUCCCGGUACGCCUCAACGGGAGGCAGCAACAUUGUGGGCGGCGCGUGCGACUAUCUAGAGCACACCUUUAUUGAGCACAUUGACCGCGUCAUCGCCCAGUACCCGCACGAGGCCAACGUCGGCGGCGUCCCCUCCGUGCACCGCAAGAUCCAGGGCUAUCUCAAGGUGCUCUUUGGCCGCCUGGGCCGCGUGCCCACCUUCCUCGAGGUCUUCAACGGUGAGGCCAUCUGGGCGCACAUGUUCAUGCUCUACCGCUGCGGAUACCGCCAGGAGAUGCUCAAGUAUGCUCUGGAGAUGGAGGACAUCAUCACAGACAGCGACCCAUGCUUUGUCAUACACCUGAAGGCCUUUAUCGACCGCACCCCCGGCCUGCACCAGGCGGACUUUGCGGUCACCGCCGCGUCGCUCGAGGACCCCUACAAGGCAGCGCUGUACAAGGUGCUUGGCCGCGGCAACGUCCCGCGCAAGGCCUCAUCCGAGGUUGUCCAAACCACUGAGGACUACCUGUGGUCCAGCCUGGUUCAGAUUCGUGAGGCUGACGCCAUUGCCGCCGCCACAUCCUCGGUCCACCCGCGCAGUACGCUGGACGACCUGCAGAAGCUGAUGCUCAAGUUUGGCCCCGUUCACUUUGACCCUCACGGCAAUAACCCGUUGCUCUACCUGCGUGUCCUGCUGCUGUGCGGGCUGUUUGAGCACGCCGUCGACUACCUCCUGCAGGUCGACCGUUUCCAGAUUGAGGCCGUGCACAUGGCCAUCGCCCUGGCGUUCUAUCGCUUGCUCCGCGUGCCAUCCGUCGACUCGGCCGAGAUGACCGCCACUGCGGCGUCAAUGUCCAGCUACCUGGUCGUAGAUGCCGGCGCUGCCACUGCCGCCGACGACCACCCGUCGCUCGACUUCUCGCGCAUGGUUAUUCACUACGCCCGCGCGCUGCCCGACUCUGCCGCCGACGACGCCAUCAACUACUUGCUGCUUCUGACCCUGCCGACCGACAACAGCAGAAACAGCAACAGCAACAACGCUGUUCGUCAGCGCGCCCAAUGCGAGCAGGCGAUUGUGCGCAUCCUGUACGAGAAGCAGGACUACGCCCAUUUCCUCGGCGACAUCCAGUCCGAUGGCACGCGCCGGCGCGGCUUCCUCGAGCGCUACCUGCCACUUAUGGGCAUUACCACGAGCGAGCAGUUCUCUCAGGCCAUCAUCCGCCGCCUCGCCGACCGUAGCCGCGAUGAGGGUCGCCUGGCCGACACUGUGCUUCUGUACAACCUGGGAGAGCGCUACAACACGGUGCUCAACGUCCUUUGCAAGCAGCUCGGCGAAGUGCUCUAUGUCCACGCCAACUCGGGGGCCAGUGCCGCGUCGCUUGCCAGCACCGGCGAGUCGAUGGGCCUGGAGGAUGUUGAUGGGGUGGCGCGCGCUGUGCUCGCCCAUUAUAAGCAGCGCGAGCAUAUUGCGCGCGCGCUCGACGAUCGCGCUGUCACCACGUGUACCACACUGCUGGCCGUCAUUGACUUUCUCACCUGCCAUCAGCGCGGCGCGUACGAGGACGCCUUGCAGAUAAUCGAGUCCACGCAGCUCUUACCCCUUGGAUCGACGGCAGACAGCGCCGCUGCCUCCUUGACUGCUGGCCAGUACGCUGAGCGCGUGCGCUCUCUGGAUGACUCGAUCACUCGCAACUUCUCGCUCAUUCUGCUUGUCGCCAUGGAUACUUUGUCGCGCCUGUACGCUGGCCUGAAGGAGUCGCCCUUCCUGGACGCCGUCAAGCAGGCCAACAUGCAGAUCUUGCGCAAGAAGGCUCGCUGCCUUAUGGUCUUUGCCGGCAUGAUCCAGUUCCGCAUGCCCUCAGACACUUACGCCAAGCUCAAUCGCAUGGACGUGUUUAUGAACUAGAUUUAAUGCACCAGCGCAAUUUGAUAUUUGUGAUGCGAAUAAAACGGUUUUCAGCGAUUAGUUUUGUCACCCGGAUAAUUUGGAUUCCAGUCCGAACGAUGUUGAUGCAUCCAUCUGUCUUGCUUGAGCGGCGUGGCGAUGGCAGAGUCAAAUAAGCCUGACAAGUGUAUUAAGUUCCGCUUUUAAUCAUAAUCAUUGAGCAGACUGUUACGCGCAAAAAUAAAGCAUCGUAC